GGCCUAGCUGGUUGUACUAUAAAUAAACCGAGAAAUGAAGGCGGCGGCGGAACUGGUGUUUAUCCCUCUCCCGGGGAUUGGCCACCUGGUGCCAACGGUGGAGAUGGCCAAGCAACUCGUCGGCCGAGACCACCAUCUUUCAAUCACAGUCCUCAUAAUGAAAAUCCCAUUAGAUAAAUCCAAGGUCAGCUCCUCCACCCAAUCGCUUCUACUCACGGCGGCCGAGGAUCGGUUAAAGUUCGUCUACCUCCCUCAAGAAGAGGCCGCAGAGAGUGAGAGAGAGGAAGGUGGAAAAAUAACUGGAAAGUGGAAAGGGCAACAUUUCCGCCCCCGCGUGAGAGAUCACGUGAAAAAGAUGAUGAUCUUGACCGAGUUGACCGACUCGAGUCGACUCGCCGGGUUCGUCGUCGACAUGUUCUGCACCCCGAUGAUGGAGUUGGCGUCCGAGUUCGGGCUCUCCUCCUACGCUUUCGUCACCUCCGGCUGUGCUUUUCUCGGCCUCAUGUUCCACCUCGAAACCCUAAACCGUGACCACAACCAGGAUGUUACUGAGUUGAAGGACUCGGACGCUGAGUGGGACGUUCCGGUUUUUGUGAACCCAGUUCCAGCUAAGGUGUUGCCUUCUAUGGUCCUGCCCGAGGAAGAAGGUUCCACACAAAACUUGGAAAUUUCCAAGAGGUUGAGAGAAACAAAGGGCAUUAUGGUCAAUACAUUUGAAAAGCUGGAAUCCUAUGCGGUCAAGUGCCUCGCCGAGGACGAUAAGGUCCCGCCAAUCUACCCUGUGGGACCCAUGCUCCACCUCGUGAAGGACGAAAACAAGGAGGAGGAGGAGGAGGAGAUGAUCCAGAUCAUGAGGUGGUUGGAUGAUCAGCCUCUGUCAUCGGUGGUGUUCUUGUGCUUCGGGAGCUUAGGAACCUUCGAAGGGGACCAGGUGAGGGAGAUAGCACAGGCCUUGGAGCAAAGCGGGCACCGGUUCUUGUGGUCCCUCCGACAACCUCCGCCUAAAGGAAAAUUUGCAAUCCCAGGUGAGUAUCAAGACUUAAGCCAAGUGCUACCAGUAGGGUUUCUGGAACGUACAACGGAGAUUGGGAAAGUGAUCGGGUGGGCCCCACAGGUCGCGGUGCUAUCCCACAAGUCAGUGGGUUGUUUCGUGUCACACUGCGGGUGGAACUCGACUUUGGAGAGCUUGUGGUGCAGAGUGUUGAUGGCCACGUGGCCAAUAUAUGCCGAACAACAAAUGAAUGCUUUUCAAUUGAUGAGAGAAUCGGGGUUGGCCGUUGAGAUAAAGUUGGACUACAGGAAGGAUGUUGAGACUGCUAAGGUUAAUUUAGUGACGGCGAAUGAGAUAGAGAAUGGGAUAAGAAAAUUGAUGAAGAAUGAGGACAAAAGCCGUGAAGGAAUCAAGCAGAAGGUGAAGGAAAUGAGCGAAAAGAGCAAGACAGUCGUUGAGGAAGGAGGGUCGUCAUAUAAUUACAUUGGAUACUUUAUCGAGGUUGUCAUGACUAACGUACACUCACCAUAGUUAACUGGUGAAUUGUUUGUAAUCCUAAACUGUAAGGAUCUACUAGGGACUUGCUAUUGAUCUCAUUUGAAUUUCUCCCUUUUUUUCUCAAUUUAAUUCACACAUUCUGAUUCUCA